AUGGCUGCGAGACUGAUCAAUAUUUUCCGAACCGUCCCAAGAGAGCUGUUCCGAGUGAACAAUGGCCCAGCGAUCACACUUCGAGAGUGGCGCGGACAAGGGUACAGCUACGACGUUGUCACUGAGUCCGGCAUGGUGAAGCCAAAGGCUUUGGAUGCGGCAAACUACAACGCACCGAACGGCGCGUCAAUGCGGCCGGACGGCGAUAUGCAUAGACGACUCAUCCAAAACUUCAAAGGCAGCAGCAUCAUAGUGUACUCAGUCCCCGCCAAUACUCCCUUACCCCCCGACCUCAUCCUCGUUCAUGAGCACACCGACCACUAUUCACUCCAAGCUGCGACUGAGAUGUCGCUCGCAGACCUCAAUCAACGCAUUACCUCGUUCUUAGGGGCAAAUGCGAGGGUAAUGAGCCGGGAACAGUGGCUUCAAGCGUACAGCCAGGCUGCUGGGCCAUCUAGCACCCCAGAUGGUUGGUACCCCGCGAAUGACGGUACCAACCGACAAAGAUAUUUUCAGAACGGUGCUUGGACUGAUCAUUACGCCUGA